AUGACGCUGACACAAGGUAUCUCUCAAUUCGACUCGUUUAAUUCCUAUCCUCAAGCAAGAGUUUUCGACUCUCAAUGGUUGGCCCGGCAGGACGACGACCGCGGAGCCAAAGUGAACGCGGGGGCGGGAGAGGAACUGGAACUGAAGCGGGGGGAGCUACUCCGCGCCAUCCUCGAGCUGGAGUCCGCCCACGCCGCCGCACAAGAGGAUUUACGUAAAAUGGAGGCUCGGUCGCUCAGCCUCACCGGCCUCCUCGAGUCCGCCAUCCAGGAGCGCGACGAGGCCCGCCGCGCCCUCCUGCUCCUCCAUCAUCAGGUCGACUGCCUGCACCCACCGCCCGUCUCCUCCUUCCUUACCGUCGACGCAGCGGUUACCGAUGACAUCGACGAACGCGAGAGCAGCAAUCCGGCACUGGCGGAAUUGGAGGCCGCAGCAGCGAAGAGGGGCCUGCCGGAGAAGGGGCGUCUGGUGGAGGCGGUAAUAGAGGCGGGGCCGCUGCUGCAGAUGCUACUCCUCACGGGUUCGCUGCCGCAGUGGCGCCACCCACCGCCGGACCUCCACGGGGUCGAGAUCCCGCGCGUCGUCGCUAUCGCUCCGAGUUCGAACCCAGAGGCGUCGAAGCUGCCAUCACCGUCUCCAGCCUCAUUCCAGCAUUCCCCGCCGUCGUCUUCGUCGCUGCGGGGCGGCAACGACAAAUUCCGAAACUUCGCCUUUUCUUUCAACAACUCAGCAUGAUCAAAAUCCCCGUUCUCUUCUUAAUUUCUCA